AUGUCUGGACUCGUUUCUGACGAAGUUGCGGAAGACUAUAAGAACUCCCUGGAGGACCUCACAACGAAUGACAAGUUCCAGAUAAGCAACUUGACCGUUAUCGCAAAGGAGAAUACCGAACAUGCCAUGGCCAUCUCCCGAGUGUUGGAGAAUCAUAUACGAAACACGCCACCAUCUCAAAAGUUACCAGCUCUUUAUGUAGUGGACUCAGUUGUGAAGAAUGUAGGGACGCCUUACACCCUGUUUCUGGGGCGCAACUUAUAUCAAACUUUUAUGAACGCCUACACUCUCGUCGAUUCGCAGACACGCAAGAAGUUAGACGAGAUGCUUAAGACCUGGAAAGAACCUGUUCCAGGUUCACUGGAUCCCAGGCCUGUCUUUCCAGUUGAAAUCACCCGGAACAUCGAGAAUGCUCUGAUCAAGGCUAGGACUGCGGCCCUUCAACAACAGCAGACCAGGAGCCAGCAGGAAGCCAUGAGUCUUGGUAGAGGUGUCGGUACACCACCGCCAACAUGGCGAAAUACCCCUACGCCACCGCAAGGUGCCCAACGAUACCCUCCCGGAUAUAGUUAUAACCACCAGAUGCCAACCAACGGGCAUGCAUAUCCAAACCAACAGUCAUAUAACCAACAACCUCAGGAACCUACUAACCUCGCUUCUUUACAUCGUGAUGUCGAGUCACUGAUAUUAAAUGUGCGACUCGAAUUCACCGCUAACCCACUUAACAUCGCAGUCCAGCAAAAACUCAAAGCCCUCCUAGAUUUACAGAGUAUAUUACAGCAGCAACGGCUACCUGAGGCACAGCUAAAGCAGAUUCGUGAUCAGGUAUCCCAGCUUUCUGCUGCCAGCGCAAAGCCAACACCACAACCCGCUCCUGCAGCAUUACCUGCUCAAUUAUCGACUCCCGCAAUAUCCACACCACCAAUUGGAACCAUACCACCUCAAAAUCCACAGCCGAACCUCCAAGCCCUCUUGAACCCGAACACUCUUGCAGAACUUAUCAAGGCAACCGCACAGAAGCCUACUCCAACACAACAGUCUCAGCCAUAUACGCAACCAGCGGUGUCAGCACCGACUCUAGCAGCAGCCGUACAGCCUGCGGCCCCCUCACCCUUGGCUGAAAACCCGCUGAUAGCUUCACUAAGAGCUCGUGGCCUUCUCCCGCCCGCAACAGGAACCCCCACAACGACAUCACCCGCCCUUCCUUUUAUCAUUCCAGGACAGCCAACGUAUACUCCCCCGGCUGCCAACCCUAAUGCACAGGAUGUUAAAAUCAAAGUGCCGAUGAGCUCUGCUUCAAUACGAAUACCUCGCCCAAACCUAAUUGCUUGCUUGUACGAAGACAAACCAAACCGCUGCGGGACAUGCGGUCGUCGAUUUUUCUCGACUCAAGAAGGCAAAGAGAAGAAAGCCAGGCAUCUUGAUUGGCAUUUUAAAACAAAUUUACGAAUGAAUGAAGCCACCAAACGAAGUCAGAAUCGAAGCUGGUACCUUGACGAACGUGACUGGAUAAAGUUUAGAGAAUUCGAAGACGACAUUGGUGCCGAUGAUGCUUCUGUUUCUGUUAAUAAAUCCAACGGCGACGAUGCAUCAGGUAAAAAGGCAGAGCAACAACGUUGGAUCCACGCUCCAAAUGAUGCUACUCUUCGCAACACCCCUUGCCCAAUAUGUCAGGAGAAUUUUGAAUCUACUUGGUUCGAAGAGGCACAAGACUGGAUCUGGCGAGAUGCGAUUAAAGUUGGGAGCCGUAUAUACCAUGGCAGUUGUUAUACAGAGGUGACCAAGGAUGGCGGUACAGGCACGAAUCCUGAUACACCGCGGGGGCGAACAAGUACGCCGGACUCCGUGUUAGGAAAACGGAAAGCUGAGGAUUCGGAUUUCUCUACAUCUAGCGCCAGGAUCAAAACCGAGCCAGCUUCAUAG